CCUACCCGGAAUCCGGGAACACGAAAGCUAAUCAUGUUAUUCUCAUUUCCUCCUGGCUAGUUUGCCCAGCCGGCCAGCCCUCCCAUCUCCUUGGUCUCCUUGCCGACCGACCCAGCAUCCUCGCUCCGCGGAUCUUCUUCCUCCUCGCGCGAGCGCCGCCACUCAUCACGCUGCCGAGCGCCCGAGCCCCCUAGCUCGUCUUCCCCCUCGCUCGAGCGCCUCCACCGCAGUAAUGGAUAUUGAUGAUGUGCUUUGCAACCUGCGUGUUGUCGGUGUGCCAACAAAGAGUGCAAUAUAUAUAUGGGGGUAUAACCAGAGUGGUCAGACUGCACGGAAGGGCAAGGACCGCCACUUGAGGAUCCCCAAGAGCCUACCUCCCAAACUGUUCAAAUGCAGGGAUGGUGAGAAUCUCAGAUGGAUUGAUAUUGCAUGUGGCCGUGAGCACACUGCUGCAGUUGCUUCUGACGGAUCACUCUUCACUUGGGGUGCUAAUGACUUUGGCCAGUUGGGAGAUGGGACAGAGGAGAGUGCAAAGGAACCUAAAAAGGUUAAUGCAAUUGAGACUGAGUUUGUGAAAUCAGUGUCAUGUGGUGCACAUUGUACAGCUGCUAUUGCUGAACCUCGAGAAAAUGAUGGCACCAUAUCGAAAAGCAGGCUCUGGGUUUGGGGACAAAAUCAGGGCUCAGAUUACCCUCGCCUAUUCUGGGGAGCUUUUGCACCAAAUACGGUAAUUCUGCAGGUUUCUUGCGGAGCUGUUCAUGUAAUGGCCCUAUCAGAGGAUGGUGUGCUGCAAGCAUGGGGCUACAAUGAGUAUGGUCAGCUUGGCAGAGGUUGUACUUCUGAAGGACUGCAGGGGGCUCGUGUAUUAAAUGCUUAUGCAAGGUUCCUUGAUGAUGCACCUGAGCUAGUGAAGAUUGUUAGAGUAUCAUGUGGAGAGUACCAUGCAGCUGCUAUAUCAGAACAUGGGGAGGUAUAUACAUGGGGACUUGGAAGCAUGGGGCAGCUUGGGCAUCGGUCCCUUCAGUCUGGAGACAAGGAACUAAUCCCAAGGCGAGUUGUUGCCCUUGAAGGAAUGGUAGCUGGGGAUGUGUCUUGUGGUGGGGUUCACUCUUGUGCUGUAACUGAAGGUGGAACCCUAUAUGCUUGGGGCGGAGGACAUGUGGGCCAGCUGGGACUCGGACCUCAGAGUGGUUUCUUUUCAUGUGCUCUUAACGGAUCUGACAUGCUACUUCGUAACAUUCCAGUCCUGGUCAUACCAUCAGGUGUCCGGCUCGUUACUUGUGGCCAUUCCCACACGCUUAUAUCUAUGAAAGAUGGCCGUAUAUAUGGAUGGGGUUAUAAUAGUUAUGGUCAGGCGGCUAAUGAGAAAUCUACUUAUGCUUGGUACCCCUCUCCAGUUGAUUGGUGUGUUGGAGAGGUGAGGAGACUUGCUGCAGGUGGUGGCCAUUCGGCUGUCCUAACUGAUGCAUCCUCCUUAAAAGAGCUAUGUGAGUUCAAGCUAGCGGAGACUGUAAAUGUGUCGAAUGCUCAGAUAAUUGAAGAUGUUGCAUCAAGAACUGGAGCUGAUUCCUUGGCACGAUUGUGUGAGAGAUUAAGGGAACAUUUGGUCGAGCAAGGGGACUGUGAAUUCCUGGAAAAGCACAUGGUUGAAGAGAUUGAGGCUAAAGCCGGUUAGAGUAGUGAUGAUGCUUCGCACGAUAUACAUUGAUUCAAGCACUAGUUCUGUUGUGUUUCAUGGGAAGUAGGAACUGAUUUCUGCGUGACUGUAAAACCUCAUUGGUGUCUCCCAAGUGUAAUGAAUUAGAGGAGGCGCUCUGUAUGUAAACCACAAACUUCCAACUUUCCAUGUGGCUUGCAGAACAAAUUGAAACCUGUACGUUGCUAACUGAACAAAAUUGUAGAUGCAAACUCGUUGUUGGUAAAAUUUCAUAAGCUGCACAACAGCUGGACGGACC